AUGAGUAUAUCUGCAACGGAUGGCGUGCAAAUGGCAGGAUUUCUCCUUCACAAUGCAUCAUGGAACGAAACUAAGGGCUGUCUGGAGGAAAUUAAAACCUCUGGAAACCAAAGAAUACCAAGCCUCUUAUUAAGACCAGGUGAAAGAGGAGAAACAUUCUCUGCUAAAACGACCAGCAAGAACCAACCAUACCAGUUUGAUCGCCCAGUGUACGUCUACGAUAAUCUACCUGGUAGAUUUGAGCCAAUCAUUCCUCUAUCAUACGUCACGCUCUCAUCCAGUUUGCCUACUCAUGUUUGCCGACAACGUCAAGUCUUUUAA